UAUAGCCCCUGACACUAAAACCCAACCCGAGGAUCUCACAUACCCGAAUACACCAUCCAGAAAACCCAUCCUGUAAUGACGGUCCCCUCAUGUACGCUACAGUGUAGAGAGCCGGGACGGCCGCACUGCCACGUGACAACCACGGCCGCGGGGUAGUAAGAGAGAGCACACCAACAACUUUGACGAUGUCGGCGGGCAUUGGGCUGUGUAAAGAACUCGUUGCAAGAUGUUUCCGGAUGCAACGAUCCCUGAAGUAAAGCCGCGUCCAACGCAUAAAAGAUGAUACAUCUCCCAACAACCCAAUCACCAAUUCACCGCUUCCCCUCUUUCACCAAGUCUACUUACCUCAAUGACGGCUAAGCGUGGUAUAACACUUGUGGCCCCCAUGCCUCCCUCCAAAAGGCCCAGAAACAAUGACAAGCAAAACCACCCCCCCUUGUCCAUUGCAGAGGAACUGUCUGACAAUACGUUGGAAAGCGAAGCUGAGGACGUAAACAAUGGAGUUGCCAUCAAAGAACACAACCACUCACCGCAGGACGGUGGCAACGGAGAUGUUGAUGUACCUAAUCUUCUGCCUCCUUCAAGAUUGGUCUCCGAUGCGGGUGGAGAUGAAAAAGUUGAGGAUUCUGCGACAUCGAGCUUGGCGGCUGACAAGUCAAAGGAAUCGCAACUGGACGCUGAGCUCUCUCCUGAACGCCUUGCCGACAAUUUUUGGACUCGUCUGACAACCACUCCAUGGGAAGCAAAUGAGAAGGAGAAAGCAUCGAGAUCGCGUGUGCGUGGUGGAGAUGGGGUGUUCAAGGAUAAGGACCAAUGGGAACCGGCACUUGUUCAACGCUUGUACAGCAUGACCUCCUUUGAUGCCAUCGUCGAUGAUGGCGUAGGGGCUAUCGAGUGCUUCACUCCGGGUGAUAGCAAGUUCGUCUUCACUGGUAAACCCUUGUCUCUUGGAUAUCGGCGAGCGUCCCAGAACAUCAAGGCAGGCCAGGCUCUACGUUUCUUGUUCACGGGCGUCGUCAAGGAUGCGCAUCAAUGGAGCGAUAACUACAUGCUCAACCUCGUUCCUUUAACCAGGCUUGGGUUCAAGCGUGCCAAAGAGGUUCUAAAGUAUUAUUCGAGCAAGAAGGUCCAUGCCCUAGCAAUCGAAGAGCAUUUCAUUCCACUAAAGGCUUGGACGCUUGUAGUACGUAUCUGAAAGCAACGUGGACCAAUGCUGACGCUGAUGGAGGAAGUCCAAGGAUUUCAAAGCCAUUUAUGACGCUUCGCAGGAGUAUUCCGUCGAUCAUCAAGAAAUGCCGUUGUACAAGGGUCCUCUACAAC